AUCACCAUACUCUCUCUUUCUCUGUUAAUUAACUCUCCCUCUCUUUAUACACUCGUUUCUUACACGCAGACACACUCCCUCCUCGCCAUGCCUAAAUACCUCUAACAUUUUCUUCCUCCACAUCAAUCAACAUGUCGGUAUACGAUGCCGCUUUCGUCAACACUGAGCUCUCUAAGCGGACGUCCAUCUUUGGCCUUCGCCUCUGGGUGGUUAUCGGAAUCUUAUUAGGUUCUCUUAUAGUUCUCACUCUUUUUCUCCUUUCUCUCUGCAUAACCUCUCGUCGGAAAAGGCAGAACCAUCACCAACAACAACAAUUACCCAAGCAAAUAGCCACUAGUCCACCCAUGUCUAAAGAAAUUCAAGAAAUCGUACACCAACCACCUCCAGUCCCCGAGAUUCAAGUUGACAUCGGCAAGAUCGAGCAUCGCGUGGUGUUCUCUGAUAGAGCGUCUAGUGGAGAAAGUAGAGGGACGGGGAGUGCGUGCGAUACGACAUCCUUUGGAAGCGGGAGUGUUGGACCGGAAGUUUCGCAUCUUGGGUGGGGUCGAUGGUAUACUCUAAGAGAACUUGAAGCGGCGACAAAUGGUUUGUGUGAAGAGAAUGUGAUUGGUGAAGGUGGUUACGGGAUUGUGUACAGUGGAAUUUUGAGUGAUGGUACCAGAGUUGCUGUCAAAAAUUUAUUAAACAACAGGGGUCAAGCUGAGAAGGAAUUUAAAGUUGAGGUGGAAGCAAUUGGGCGUGUUCGACACAAGAAUCUAGUUAGAUUGCUUGGAUACUGUGUUGAGGGUGCAUACAGAAUGCUUGUUUAUGAAUAUGUUGAUAAUGGCAAUCUGGAUCAGUGGCUUCAUGGGGAUGUCGGUGAUGUCAGCCCACUAACUUGGGAUAUUCGUAUGAAUGUCAUAUUGGGCACAGCCAAAGGAUUGGCCUACCUUCAUGAGGGUCUGGAACCAAAGGUUGUCCAUCGGGAUGUAAAAUCUAGUAACAUACUACUUGAUCGGCAAUGGAACUCUAAGGUGUCCGAUUUUGGCCUUGCUAAGCUUUUAUGUUCUGAGAGGAGUUAUGUAACAACUCGUGUGAUGGGAACAUUUGGUUAUGUUGCUCCAGAAUAUGCAUGCACUGGGAUGCUGAAUGAAAAGAGUGAUGUUUAUAGCUUUGGUAUACUUAUAAUGGAGAUAAUUUCUGGGAGAAACCCUGUUGAUUACGGUCGACCUCAAGGAGAGGUUAAUUUGGUUGAUUGGUUAAAAACCAUGGUUGGAAAUCGAAAAUCUGAGGAGGUAGUUGAUCCUAAGCUGCCUGAGAUGCCUGCUUCAAAAGCACUUAAACGUGUUCUGUUGGUUGCCCUUAGAUGUGUUGAUCCUGAUGCGACAAAGAGGCCUAAAAUGGGGCAUGUGAUUCACAUGCUUGAGGCGGACGACUUGUUAGUUCGUGAUGAACGUCGAAUCGCAAGAGACUCUUCCCGUUCACAUCGUGAUGAAAAUCAUGGUAUUGUAGAAUUAGGUGAUAAACAAUUGGGUGAAGGGGCUUCUGAUACAAGUGAAGGUGAAAGUGGUAGGAAGCAUCAUAAUCCAACCAGGUGGAGAUAGUGCUUUCAGUGAAGUAGGUGUCUAACAAUUUAUGUCUCUCCAAGUUUUAUAAGCUUGUUCUUCUUCCUCUAUUAGUUUCCUAGAAUUCUUGUAAUAUCUUCAAUUCUAAGAAACCAAUAAUUAUCAAUUUAUUUUACAUAAUUUUUUUUUU